AAAAUGCUUCGGGACUACCUAAGGGAAGCUAGUAAGGUGUUGGGAAGGAACGCAGCCUCUGAAGAAGGCCGUUUCAGAGUAGCUCUCCGCGUUUUUACUUCCGGCCAUCAAACGUCGGCCCAAGCAUUACCAUUGAACAGUGAGUUCGAUAACUUCAAGCAGCGUCUACUCAAUGGAAAGGAUCUUCGCCAUAGAAUGGCUCAGCAAAGGCGAGCGCAGCGCCGCAGAACGAUGCUACGAGGGUUGAUCACAGCUACAGCAUUUGAUGUCGAGAAAACAAACGAAGAUAUGAGCGACAUUGAGUUUUUUUUGCGGGAGAACAAAAAAGUGAAAAAAUACUCAGACUUUCCUACGUCCCCCUGGCCACCCGGGUAUGUGUAUCUGUCUGAACACGUCCUAGUUGACAUCCUCUGGGCGAACGAAGAUACCAAGCAGCUACUAGAGCGUAUUCUGCCUCUCGACAAUCCUUCCAAGACUGCAAUGUUUGAGUGUGUACAGGGAACAAAAGGGGUUUUGAUUCAGGCUCUCUUUUGUGACAUUGGAGGCGAUCGCAUGGUUCUUGGAUAUCGAGACAAAGUAUCCUUGCAGUCACAGGGCAAAGAUCUAACUCGGUUCAAACUCAAAGGAACGAUUUCUACCAAUGGUCUAGUUCUGAAUCUACUUGCCUAUGACACAACCCAGACGAAGAGACAGCAGCAGUCUGACGUAGAUGAAGAAGACCCCAGCCAAGAACUGGGGCUUUCUCAGGGAUUUCUCAACACGACGUGUUCAAAGGCAGCUGGUGAAGACCUGACAGAUGAAGACUAUGCAAACAUAAACUGGAAGAGGAGCUCCAAACUGCUUGAAAACGUUGAGCUCACAUUCAACAAACCAGGGCGGUGCCCAUCCGCAAACACCACAACUAUCGUCGGAUGCGAUCCUGGUAUUGUUAACGCCCUUACGUUUUCCUCCCUGGAUCCUCACAACCCUAACUUGCGGCAAACGGUAAAGGUGAGAAGCAGGUUGUACCUCCCCGUCCUCCGCUUCAAUCACCUGUUGAACAAAAGGAAGCGUGAAAAAGGAAUGAUUGAGGUUGAGAGCGCUAUCCCUGUGUUUGGAAGGGAACGUACAAUGAGUACUUUCAAUGGAUGA